UAAGCAGUUGCAUUAGGGUUAGACAGACGUGUGUUUCCGUUCCCUGCGUGCUGCCGUUCUGGGGCUCAGGGCCACACAGCGGGCUCAGGCAUUGGGGUGGCCACUCCAGAUUCGCCGGGGGACCCUGCCUCCUCCAGUGCCAACCCCAGCUUCCUCCCCAUGUCUAUUUUUAGUUUUUCCGGUGAUCAGUCCCUCACAGGGGACCCAGUCCCUUCCGUCCCCUGGCAUGCCCACGCUGGCUCAGUAGCCCUUGGGGCAGCCGCUCACACCUGCGCCUUCUGCUGAUUCAAAACAGACUGGGGCGCUUCCAUCCGUCCGUCGAGUCCCACGUGACUGGGAACAGGUGUGCGAGGGGCCCCAGGUAUAAGUUGUCCAGCUGAGCUGUAAACAGGCUGCGGUGCCAGUCCAAGCCAAGCAGCCGUGUCCCAUCCUUGGGUCGGGCGGGAGAGGUCAGUACUGCGCCGAGAUGCCCACGCAGCUGGAGGUGGCCAUGGACACCAUGAUCCGAAUCUUCCACCGCUAUUCCUGCCGGGAAGGGGACAGGUUCAAGCUCAGCAAGGGGGAACUGAAGCUGCUGUUGCAGCGCGAGCUCACUGAGUUCCUGUCGUGCCAGAAGGACCCCCAGCUGGUAGAUAAGAUCAUGCAUGACCUGGAUGCCAACAAGGACAACGAAGUGGACUUCAAUGAAUUUGUGGUCAUGGUGGCCGCCUUGACCGUGGCUUGUAACGAUUACUUUGUGGAGCAGCUGAAGAAGAACCGCAAGUGAAGCUGGGGUGAUGGGCAGCUCCAGAGGGGCAGCUCUGUGCCCAGACCUCUGCCAGCCCCGCCACUCCGUAGAGAGGCCACACGGGCGGCUUGUUGCUAGUUAUGUACCUGCACACGCUGGC